AUGAUACUAAAUAGCAAUAGAAUAGUGAUAUUUUUCACAUGUAUACUCUCAUUUUUCAAUGUUAUAACCAGAGCGGCACCUCCUAAAACAGGAGCAAGUAAAUUGUCAUACAAAUCAUUAAAUUUGCAAAAAAUCUACCCACCAGAUCCUCCUGUAACGCAUCACGUCGUUGUCGGUAUAUCAUACUUUAAUGGUGAAACAUCCAAGAGAGAAACACAAGAAAUUACAGUGGAUUUAUUCGGUACCGUGGUCCCCAAGAGUGCUAUGAAUUUCCAAAGAUUAUCACAAGGUAUCCGUGUCGUCUUAGGGUUUUAUGAUCCUGAUAAGACAUUGUUAGCUAAAUAUAAGGGGUCCAAAAUUAACAAGAUCGCUAAUGGGUUCAUUGAAGGUGGUGAAGUUUUACCAGGUAUUUCCUCCUUUUCAGCUCAUGGGCUACAUUUCGAAGAUGAAAAUUUCGAUUUAACUCAUGAUAGACCAGGUAGAUUAUCUUGGGUCAAUGAUGAGAAAAAGGAUAAUAAUGAUUCCAGAUUCGCGAUAUGUUUGAAAAAGGAAGGUUGUAGUGAAAGAGAUGGGACUCAUGUGGUAUUUGGUCAAGUCGUUGCUGGCCUUGAUGGAUUAAUUGAUAAAUUACAAAAUGUUGAGACCGAUGAAAAUGGAGCACCAAAGGAGGACGUUACCAUACUUUAUAGUGUUGUUGAUGAAUUGAAGUUGGCUAAUAAGGACGUAUUACAAAAGGAAUACUUGAAAAAACUAGAAGCUUUCAAAGAUGGUGAAGUGUCUCAAGGUAUCACAUUGGCUGAAACUUUAGGUGUUUAUCAUGAUGAUCAAGAAGUUAUUGCUGAUUUAAGAUUCGAGCAAUUACACCAUCCUUUAUUCAAAGUACUACUAGGUAUGUGUGCUUUAUUAGCAUGUUAUUUCUUAGUAAAGAAGAGAAAAGUUUCAAAAGUCGUCUCCUUAAGACGUGAUGAAUGA